UGCUCAGACUUUACGCAUGGAGAGCGCAGGGAGAGUCUGGGAGCACGCAUGGGGGUCCCUCCCUUCCAGGCUGCCCGUGGCCUCCUCACCCCGGCGGGCACUUCCAAGACUCUGCCAGGCCCCCUUGAUCCCCUAUUUCCCCCUCUCUACCUUUCCUCUGAAGAAACUACCCGGCGUUACGUCAGAAAGUGCAGGACAAGCAAGACAGCGUCUUAUGAGCUAUUCGCAGGCAUUGCUGCCAAACCCUACUUGAGGCUGCCUAAGAGCUCACUGCACCCAAUGCUAUUUACAAAUCCAAUCCUUUUAAAACAUCAGCAGUAUGUGGUCUCUGUUGCCGGCACAAUUGCGCAAAAACCCAAAACAGCAGUGUAAACCGUGUAAUGAUAAAGAGUAGAAUGGUUCACACUGUAGCUUCACUGAAAACACCAUGACAUGAUGAAGCAACAGAUGAUUUUGACGCUCAGAGAUUUCUGCAGCAUUUUUACUCUUUGACUCUUUGCUGAUCUCAAAAACAACAUGCCCCACGCUCGAAAUAGGAACCCUAGCCCCAUCCCAGAGGUAACAUGGGAUACGGGAUUGAAGGAGAUGAACGAGACCUGGAAAGGAGCGAUAGCCUGUCUCGGGGUUGCCGUCUUCUUCGUAAUGACCAUCGGGAUCAUAUACUGGCAAGUGGUGGACCAGCCCAACAAAAACUGGAUCCUUAGGGGAACUUUCAGCGGACUGAUUUGGGAGAGAAAAACCCACUCGCUGCUCAUACAGACCCUGACUGAGGAUAAGACCUACGUGGAAAUUGACGUCGGGAACGUAGGGAACCCCGAUAUAGAGAUUCCCUUCGUGAGGAACCUGUGCUGGCUCAAUAAGACCGAGUUCUGCUAUACCUGGGACUCGGUGGCCGAGGUGAAGAUCUCGCUCGAAGCGAAUGAGGAUACGGAGACGGAGUGUUACAGCAUGACUUGGGCACCGGUACACUGUCAUGUGGAGCUGAAGGACUGCUUCUCCAUGGCCAACAUAUCCUGGUACGGGGGUGCCAGUGUUCGGGGUCAGACUUGGCCGAUCAACGAUCAGAACACCACGAUGCAGCCCUUCAUCGUCAGUGAUCUGAAGGACAAUCCCUCUGGGUUCGGCUCUGCCCUGGAGCGCUACUUCCUUGGCUCAUCGGGUGUCGCAGUGCUUGUAUCUCCUGACAUCCCCCUGCAGCUCGGGCUGGACAGCAGACAGCAGUUCUGCCUACAGUCACUUCCAAGUAUGGAGCGACUCCCUCUGCAGUACACUGUGUGUGUGGCCCACAAUGUAAAAGCUGCUCACCAGGAAGCAGUGCAACAGCUCUCGGAGCACAGCAGGGAGCUGCCCAACAUGAAAGCACUGCGGCUGCCAUUCUGGAAGCUGCUCGCCAACAUGGACUCAGGGCCGAAGGUGGAGCGGGAGAUGAGGACUUUCUCGAAUCGUCUGAAGAGACACCAGCUUGGGGAGGGAGUCAUCAGCCUCAAUGAACAUUCCACCACCCUCCUUUCUGAUAUGGACCAUGACUACCUCAACAGCAGGAAAAGGGGGAUGUCCAAGAGACUGACCAGGGACCUCCCACUUGUCAAGCUUCUUAACAUUUCCAUCACCAUGUCCCCUUUCCUGGGGGUGGACACCACACAGUUCCACACCUCCCUUAUUGAUGGCACUGAGGCCUACUGGCUCAGUCUCCCUUCAGCCCCUCAGGGACAGCUGAUCCCUGUGAUGAGUCAGUGGCGAGGAAAGUUCUGUGUAAAGCUGAACAUCACAAAUCCAGGAGCAGUGAGCUGGUUCCUGGACAGGGUAGGAGCCCUUCAAACCCGUUUAGGGAUGGAGUACAUCAUGCUGGAAGGGGGCGAGGGGAAUCUGUUUGAGGAGCAGGCACUGCGGCCACCGCAAGCUCUGGGUGGAGACAAGUACAUCAGCCUGCUGGCUGACCUGGCCACCAGGAUAGGAGAUUCCACCAUUAUGACUGCAGGGACACGGUCCAGUUACAAGCCACUCUUUGUGAGGAUGACCCCCCUGCAGUCUGAUUGGAGCCCGAUGGGUCUUAAGGCCUUCAUUCCCAACCUGUUGCACCACACUUUGCUGGGAUACAACUUCCUCAUUCCUGAUGCAGUAGGUGGCUCUCUGUCUGGAGACCUGGUCACAGAUGAGGAGUUGUUCAUCCGCUGGCUGGAGAUUGCAGCCUUUCUUCCUGUUAUGAGCUUCCACACACCACCCUGGAUCUUCGGGGAGGGCCAGGUGCUAAACCUAACUCGGAACUACCUAACAAGGCACCAGAGGGAUGUGGCACCGCUGAUUGAAAAGUAUGCAGAGGAGUGGCAGGUGACGGGAAACCCCAUCUAUCGCCCAAUGUGGUGGCUCAAUCCAGCUGACUCCAUGACCUUUACCAUCAAUGACCAGUUCCUCAUUGGAGAUGAGGUCUUAGUGGCACCCGUGGUGGAGAAGGGGGCAGUGCAGAGGGAUAUAUAUUUACCUGACGGGGGCUUUCAAUGGCAGGACAGUCAGAACGCACGGGUGUUUGACGGGGGGACGUUCUUGCACGACUACCCUGUCCCCCUGACGGAGGUGGCUGUUUUCUUACGGAGAAGCUGACUCGGAUGACUGUCCCACAGAGUCACGUGAUUUAUCCUGUUACUGUUUUGAAUCAAAUUCUUUUUUUAGGUACUUGUGCUGUUCUUAACUUGCACUUUUCUACUAAAGACCAUUGACCCUGCCUCAAGUGCUGCCUUGAGACGAUUUGUAGAAAUAUAUACAUACAUGUAUAUACAUUUUUUUUUUUAUACUUGCACUUUAUGGUUCAAAAUAUUUUUUUCCUUUAUGUUAUUUGUCUUCUUUUCAUUUGUUUUUUUUUAUGCUGAAUGGUUUUACCUCUUAGUGAUUUGUUUCUGGACUUUUUCAUCCACUCUGCUGCUUUUUUUGUUUGUUUGUUUGUUUGUUUGUUUUCUUUUUUUUAAUGGUUCUGGAGAAGUAUGUGUGUUUACAUACUGCAUUUCUACAGUCUUUAAAUUUGUAGCUGCUGUUGGCUCUCUUCAUAAGGAGGAACAAAGCAAGCUCCUUGUUUGCUUAAAAGUAUCUGAAUUUCUCAAGAAGACCAAAUGAAGAUGCAGAAAGACAAGGAAGGCGGUUAAAAGGGCCUUUUGAGAGAAACACUUACUGGCGGGAAAUUAACACAGGAAGCUACAUACAAGCACCAUGGUACCAUAUGUCUUGCUCACUCUAUGGAAAGGCUCUUACUUGAACUCAUCAGGCCAAAGGGCCGAUGUUUUAUGAAAGAUGAAUGUACCUCAAGUAACGUAUAUGAAUUGCUUUACAAAGUCAUUAGACACAACAGCCUAUCACCCCAUAGUUCAUAUUCUUAGAAUAGUUAAGUCAUAGACAUCCAUGAAUGUCCCUUUGUACUGUAUGCUGAUGAACUUGAGGCCAAGCCACUUUCAUCGUAACUUUGCAUAUAUUUAAAUUUUAGAUUAGAGUUUAACCUGCUGUAUCAAGCGCUUUUAAGUGAGUGCCUCUUUCUUUACUGACUGUUGAUGUGUUCUUACAUGUGAGCCGAAUUAAGUUGUAAAGACAACCUUGCUGAUGGCACCACAUGGGUGAAAAGGAGAUUUUGUAUAAAUACAUGUAAUCAGACCCUUUUUAUCUGAUAAUCUGACUGUGAUAUCACUCCCAUUCAUGAGUAGGAAUCCACGAGCAGCAGCUGUGAGGCUCAGUGAAAGACUUUGGACCAGGUAUAAAGAUAGUUUGGUCCAAAAGAUGCAAAAUCUGACUUCCAAUUGUGCUAAAAAUCACUCUUUUGGAGAUUUCUCAUUUGUCUAUUCUGUACAAAAACCGAAAUGGAAAAACAAAAAGUUGUAUUUUUGUUAUUUCCUAAGCCUAUUUUACUGAAACCGGUAAAUUUAUUUUCCAAUUUCUAUGCAAACAUUGAGUGUCUUCAGUUUAUAAUUACUUGAUAGGGACAUAUGAUCGAUGUGUCAUAUGAUGGUACUUUUCUACCUACUACUACUCUCACCAUAAAAAUAAAGUACAAAACUUAUAUUUCUCCAAAUGUUGAGCCACAUCAAAUAAAUACAAUGCUCUCAGUUGUAAGCAUACCAUGUUUGCAUAUGAGAAAUUGGCUUUUUGGAGAGAAACAAAGUAUUUGUGAAGGAUUCACCUGAAAUUGCUGGAAUUGUUGAAAGCACAGAUGUGCAGAGGCCCACCUGACAUAAACCUUCGUGAGUAAUUCAGCUUCUCUCCUCAUGUGUACCAUUACAUAGCCUACUCUCUGGACUAUCUUUACACUUCUAUCACUUUCUUAAGUUUAGUUGUUUACUUGUAAAAGCUGUUUGAACCCAGACUUAAUGCUCUAAGCAAAUGAAAUGUAAAUGAGACUGAUUCUAUUUUUUGAUUAUGUUUAAAAUCAGUCCAAGAAGAGACGUAAUCUUUAUACCCUGAAGCUCGGCUCUUUAUAGUCAACUGUCAGUGUUGCUUUUUUUUUUUUAAUCAAUUUGUUCCAUAAAGGAAAAUCUUAAAUGGCAAACAGUGAGGAUACAAACUCUGGAAACUUAACAUUUAUCUCAACUAAAUUGAUUGUGUAACUUUGAUCUAAAAAGUUGACUGUAUCAGCUCAAACACUCAGGUCUAAUGAAGUUUCCUAUCAGAUCACCGGAUGUCUUAGUGCAACGCAGUAUGUUGUGAACACAUUAACGUCUUAAUGUCUCCUGGGGCAGAAUAUACAAUGGACACACUGUGAUUUCCCAUAGCCCUUCAUGUGCGGAGCUUUUCUUUUUCCCAUUAUAUAAUGCUGUUAUGGAAUGCUUUGGUAGGUUAAUGUAGGAGUUGCAGGAAAAGCUUUGUUGUGUUAUUCCUUCCCUCUACAGACUGAGUGAGCCAUGUGCCUUAAUAUGCCACAAAUCUGGACGACACAGGUGUCUAGAUUAUUGCAGUAUCAGCAAUGACCGUAAUACAAUGACUGUGCCAUUACAAGUGUUUUUCUCUCUUCUGUAAAUCAGAUAACAUAGAAUGACAAAGUUGCAAUAAAGUUUACAUUUUCUUACUUAA